GCGGGGUGGAAGGGGACGGUCCUGAAGGGCGGUGCCGUCGCUGCUGCCUCCGGGGCUUCCGGGUGCACGGCGCCAUGGAGCCGGCGGCGGCAGGGCAGGAAGGGAAGUGCGGAGGCCGCUUCCGCGCCAGCGAGCACCAGCACACUCGUUACAACCCGCUGCGGGACGACUGGGUGCUGGUGUCUGCCCACCGUGUGAAGCGCCCCUGGCAGGGGCAGCUGGAGAAACCGACCCCCGAGGAUGUGCCCCGCUGGGACCCCAACAACCCUCUCUGCCCCGGGGCCACCCGGGCCAACGGCGAGGUGAACCCACAGUACGAGGGCACAUUUGUCUUUCCGAAUGACUUCCCCGCGCUGCAGCCUGAUGCCCCGGAGCCUGAUGACAGUGGUCACCCGUUGUUUCGAGCAGCAGCAGCCCGGGGUGUGUGCAAGGUGAUGUGCUUCCACCCCUGGUCAGACCUGACACUUCCGCUUAUGUCCCUGGCAGAGAUCCGGGCUGUCAUCGACAAGUGGGCAGAGCUGGCUGCUGAGCUUGGUGCAUCCUACUCCUGGGUGCAGAUCUUCGAGAACAAAGGAGCGAUGAUGGGCUGCUCCAACCCGCACCCCCACUGCCAGGUGUGGGCCAGCAGUUUCCUCCCGAAUGAGGCAUGCCUGGAGGAUCGAACCCAGCGGCAACACCUGAGCCAGCAUGGUGUGCCCAUGCUGCUGGAGUACGCCGAGCAGGAGGUGCACCGAAAGGAGCGGCUGGUGGUGGAGAAUGAGGACUGGCUAGUUGUGGUGCCAUACUGGGCCACCUGGCCCUACCAGACCCUGCUGCUGCCUCGCCGCCAUGUCUGCCGCCUCCAGGACCUCAGCGAGGGCGAGAGGGACAGCCUGGCCUCCAUCAUGAAGAGGCUGCUCAUCAAGUAUGACAAUCUCUUCGAAGUUUCUUUUCCCUACUCCAUGGGCUGGCAUGGAGCACCGAUGGGCUCCUACCUGGAGGAAGACUGCAAGCAUUGGCAGCUCCAUGCCCACUACUACCCCCCACUGCUCCGCUCUGCCACUGUCCGUAAGUUCAUGGUGGGCUAUGAGAUGCUGGCACAGGCACAGCGGGACCUCACCCCAGAGCAGGCAGCUGAGCGCCUGAGAAGCCUCCCCGAGGUGCACUACAAGCAAAAGGCCAAGGAGAUGUGAUGGUGAGCAGUGAUGCCAGGUCUUGGCUGUGUUCCGUGAGGCCAGUGAGUGCAGUCAGCUGGGGAUGGCAAAAACUGAGGCCUGGGAACUCAUGUCACUUCUGAGCACUCUUAUCUGCAACUUGGCUCAGCCCAGGAACUGGUUUUGCCCCAGUUCUAAUCCUUGCAAUGGUGGUUCUGUUUCUCCUGUCUUCCCAAUUCUAGUCUGUCUUCCAUCUCUGCAGCAUCCUCCUACUACCAAUAAAGGGUGGUCCCUCCUUACUAGUCCAGCAUUACUGGUGGGAUUGGGAGUGCUGCCUGCCCCAUGGAAGAGUACAGCCCCCCUGACCAAUAAAACCUUUGAACAAAGUG